UGGAAAUGUCUUCAGUGUUGUUGAGGUUUGCGCGCGUUGUACUGCUCAGCCAAUCCCGCCCCUGACAAGAGUCACGUCACUCUCAUGAUACUCCGAGAAGAAUGGCGGCUCUUUUGGAAUCGUUACUGCACAGGAAAGUGGAGUUAAGCGAGACUCUGCUCUGGCUCAGAGGACAACAGGUUUGUGAAUCCCAAGACCUUCUAUUCAAGGUCAGCAGAGAGGAGUUUGUGCCUUUCCUUUUGAAUUUUUUGCGAGAGCAGAGCAGUCAGACAUUGACCCAUGGCCCCACCACACCUGCCAAGACCCCCAGCACCUCCAAAUCUGUCAGGACUCAGCGUUCUUCUGAGCGGAGAGGCAACAAAUCCACGCCUGUCCAGGGUUUGCGUAGCGCCAGCCGAGUCCAGCUCUUUUCUCCUGCCCCAUCUACGUCCCCAGUGGAUGGGAGGAGUGAGCAGGAGAGCCCAUUUACCAGCUCUCAUUGUUUGAGUGGCGUCAGCGCCUUCAGCAGCCCUUCCUUCAGCUCUGUCUGGAGCCCUGCUCCCCGCAACACCCCCUCCGAGCGCCGCUCCGCCCAGCGUGCCAGUCUUGGCGACUUCAUGACGUCACCCCCAGAGGUCCAGCCCAGCUCCUCCACACAGCAGCACAAAGGCCGCAGGAGGAGUGGGGGGUUUGGGGGGUGCGCGUCUGGCCGACAGACAGGAACUCGCGUUGUUCUGUCUGAGGAAGGAGGUGGCAGGAGAAGUAGAGGUGUAGUGAGGUUGGAACCAGUGUCCCCUCCAACACAGGUGCAGCUCAACUUUAAUAAUUUGGAGGACUUUCCUCCAGUGGGUGCUGCCCAGUCUUCACCAGUAGCAACCAAACCUUCAAGGAGAAUUAACCCAACUCCUGUAAGUGCAGAGCGGCCUAACUGUAAACCUAAGAGCUGCUUCACGUCCACCCCGCUCAGCCUUCCUGAGAGCACACCAGAGAGCACUGGGGCCAAACCGACCGCUUCCAGUCCUCUCAGUCUGCAGGAAGAGAGAGAAUUGCUCAGGAGAGAAAGGUCUAAACUCGCCCAGCAGACCAGCUCGCCACUGACGACCACCCCCACCAUUUGUACCCCAACCAAAACGGUGCACAGACAGGGAUCAAAAGUGACCCCUGACCCCCAGUCACCUUGCCCUGACCCUGACAAAGUUACACAGAAAUCAGAAUUGGAUCUCUUAGCAGAGCUGUAUUGUACCUGCAUUUCAGAGAAUCUGGUUCCUUGUGUUUUCCUGGAGCUGUUCUUCAUGCUGCAGCUCCUGACAUCUCGUGGUGUGUCUGUCUCUAAAUCUACAGAGGCAGGAAUCAGUGUGUGCGAAGAUGGUCCAGAGGUGCUGGAGAAAGCUUACCUGGGAAAUGUCCACAACUGUGUGUAUUUUUCCUUGAGAGUGUUGGAGAAUCAGUUUGAGUUGGUGUCACACCUGGACAAAUGCACUCUGCGGCUUCUGUCUGAGAAUGAGAGAGUGGUGACUUUCUCCUCAUCCCUCAGAGAUCACCUGGCACAAGCUCAGGAAAACUGCACAGCUAAAGUGCUCCCCAGUCCACCCUUGUUCGUUCAUUCAGUGCCAUUCCAGGCCGCCACAGAUAACCGUUCCAAUUUUAGCAGCGAUAGGGGCUUCCACACAUUUAAAAAGCAGAGGGAUGUGUUUUACGGGUUGAUCAGAGAAUGGGAGGACUUUCAUCAGGAGCCUGGCUGGGAUUUUGAGGCAGCAUUAGGCAGUAGAGUCAGGAUAAUGGUCAGUCAGCUGACAGCAGCAGGAAGUCAUUCUCACUUUGCCAGACUCUUCCAGAAGCAGCUGAUCCAGAUGUGCAAGAGCCCUUGUGUGCUGGGCUCCUCCAGUGACGCUCCUGACGCUGAUCUGCUGGGCAUGCUGGGGGCAGACAGCCUGGGUCGCCUGAAGCGCCUGCAGCAGCGUCUGGUCCAGCCUCAGGGACUCAUUGGUCCCUGUCCUCCACCUUCCUUUCCUGGCCAUCAGGAGUUCUUCAAGGGCUUCCUUCAGACAGCCAGCUGUUGUCAGCUGAACCAGCACCUGAAAGAUGGUCUGUGUCAGCAGCUGCUGAAGUUAGACGAGGUGUCCAUCCUCGGUCCAGACGCCAGCCCUGCCCGGGAAGAGAAGACCGGUGAUGGAGACAUGGAGCAACAGGAUGAGAAGCAACGUUUCUCCUCUGUGCUCAUCACGGCACGACUUCUGGCCAAGUUUUUGGGCUUCAUCUCUUUUCUGCCUUACCAGACUUCUGAGCUGCCAUCAAGAGACAUACAGGACGCUGCAGUCACUCUGCGGAGCAAGAGUUCUCCAGUGCUGGAUGUGUGUGCGGUGUUGAGAAGUUCAGUAUAUCGGAGACGCACCAUUCUGACAGUGCCCUGGAUGGUGGAGUUCCUGUCCAUGCUGGAUUAUAUUGGCCCGUUUCUGCCUUGUUACAGGACUGCUCUGUGCCUUUUGCUCCAGAUCUACAAGAGGAUGGUAUUAGGUCGAGGAGGGGAGCUGUGUUACAUGAAUCAGCUGCUCAUGGUGGCAGUUCUGGGCUGGCUCUUCCAGAUCCCAAUCUUCCCUGAAGAUCUCUUCUUCAGCACAGAUCUAAAGGAAGAAAUCAUGGAACUGGAGAAUAAUACAAGCUGUCAGGGGCUGGACACCCUCCCAUUAGUGGACCAACAGCUUCUCUUAACUUGCUGUCCAUAUUUAGGGGAGUUUCGUAAACUUCUUGCUGCUUUUGUGGCUGGUAGCACGUCCAAGAGCGGAGGCUUGAUUCGCAAGAUCACCCCCACAUCUGCAGAACUGAGGGGAUCCUCCACCACCCGUUCACAACAGAAACUUCAGGUCGAUUUGGAACAGGCUUUUUUUCACAACCAACCCCCAUCUCUCAGACGCACUGUAGAGUUUGUUGCGGAAAGAGUCGGUUCCAACUGCGUCAAACACAUCAAGGCUACGCUUGUGUUGGAGCUUGUGAAGGGUGGAGAGAAAACUCUCAGAGAUAGUUUGGGUUUGGAGGGUGUCAACACGGCCAAACUAAACGAUUCUAUCUGUGCACAGCUGUGUGACGCCAGCAUGCAGACUCUGGAGAGAGCCACCAGGUUCUGCAGUGAGAAUGCCCCUGGAGCUGUCCGAGUUCUUCUUCCUCUGGAGACCUCUCCUUCUGUCCUGACCACAGCUGAGAGCAUCACCACUCGUUUGGCUACAGAAAAGGCUUGCAGCUGGCUGUCCUCCAACAUCACAACACUUCUAAAGCGAGAGUGGAAGAGUGCGUUUGAGAGAGUGAUUAAGAGUGUGCCCUCGACCUUCAGUUUGGAUGCUGAAGAGGGUGAGGGAUCAAGCAAGAGUCAACAGGUCCAGAGGAGUGCCUCAGGGCUCAGUGCUGGGUCCUUAUGUGUUUCAGACUGCAACCAUAAGGUUCCACUUGGAUCAGAAGUCAUCAUUGAAGUUAAGGAGGUUCUGAGUGUGGCUGUAGGACCCAGGUCUGAUGAGGAGGUUUUCACUGUUCAUCAGAUUGAGUCUCUGCUGGACAGAGUGGGACAAACACUUGGAUGCCGAAAACUCCUGUCUCCUGUGGUCGAGCAGAUGCUGUUGCGUUGCACUGUUCAGCUGGCCUGCAAACUUGUAUCUGGGGAGCUUCCUCUGGUGUUUUCAGUUGAGGGGAACAAGAGACCUGCUCUUCUGGAAAGGUUUUUAAUUCUGUGGACUCGGGGUCCCUCUCCACCUCUGCACCUUCUCUACAGUGAACUCACCCUGACUGCCAUUUUUAGUGCCACAGAUAGUGAGAGGACUGACUACCUGUUCCUGAUAAGACAGCUAAUAGAGAGAGGUCUUUUAGGAGAGGAGGAAGUGGGCACCAACUGGCCAAAGCUGUCAGCGUUAUCUUGGCCAGAGGAGUCUGUAGAGAAGUUUCAGCAGCUCUCUCUGACCACCACGCAGUUCCCAGUGCCUUCUCUGCCAAACCACAGGGACAUACUGCAGGUCUCUCAAUGACCACUAGGAGGACACGUGUCGUCAUUACCAAAUCUACACAUGAAUCACAGCCAAACACUAUUGUAUGAAAAGGCAAUGAGUGAUGCAUAUUUGAACAAAAGAAAGAAUGUUUAAACCCUACAAUAUAUAUGAUUUUAAAAAAAUAUUUUAAAAUCUGAUUUAUUGUUAGUUGCAAGGAAAUAUUUGCUGCUCAAAAAAUGCUGAGUUGAUAGACCAGUCAUUGAUUAUAAAUCUUCAAAACAUUUUGUGGGAAAUUUUAACAGGGCUUUGCCAAUUUUCACUCAUACUGCCUCUCAGUAAAAUAUAGCGACCAUUCACUGUGCUUCUUUGUCAUUAAAUUCUAUUUAUUUAUUAUUAAGUGUUUGUUAAUGUUUUUUUCUGCUUGUUGGUUUGUAUGCAUUUCUUAGUCUAUAUUUGUGAAAAAAUAUGCACUUUGUUCAUGUUGUACAAUUUUAUUAUCUGUAUAAUUCUAAACCUAUAUAAUGUAAUAAAAUAUGAUUUUGUGAA